GACUCCCUCUGCCUUUUUUCUACUUGUCACCUGUAUCUUCUUCUUCAGUUAGAUCCGUCUAUAGAGAGAGAGCUUUCGACCCAAUGCCAAUGGCGGGUUCCAAGGGGUGGACUUCCCUCUGCUCACUCCUGCUUUUUUUCCUGUUCGUCGCAGUGAUGGCCAAUGACCGAAAUGGAGGAACAGAGCAGUUGCAGAGCUCAAACAACUCAUCAAUGGCUGCCAGGAAUGAGCAUGCAGUUGAUGACCCAGAUGCAGUGGCUUCAAUGGUGGACAUGAGCAUUCGGAACAGCACAGAGAGAAGGAAAUUGGGUUAUUUCUCGUGUGGAACUGGUAAUCCCAUUGAUGACUGCUGGCGAUGUGACCACAAUUGGCAAAAGAACCGUAAGCGCCUUGCAGACUGCGGCAUUGGCUUUGGGCGAAAUGCAAUUGGGGGCCGUGAUGGACGCUUCUACGUGGUCACUGACCCUGGUGAUGAUGAUCCUGUCAACCCCAAGCCUGGCACUCUGCGCCAUGCUGUCAUCCAGGAUGCUCCUCUCUGGAUUGUGUUCAAGCGAGACAUGGUGAUCACACUGAAGCAGGAGCUCAUCAUGAACAGCUUCAAAACAAUAGAUGGGCGUGGGGUCAAUGUCCACAUUGCUAAUGGAGCAUGCAUCACCGUCCAAUUUGUCACGAAUGUUAUAAUUCAUGGUCUUCACAUCCAUGACUGCAAGCCCACUGGGAAUGCCAUGGUGAGGAGCUCACCAAGUCACUUUGGGUGGAGGACAAUGGCCGAUGGCGAUGCCAUUUCGAUUUUUGGUUCAAGCCAUGUAUGGGUCGAUCACAAUUCACUCUCUAGCUGUGCUGAUGGCCUCGUUGAUGCUGUCAUGGGCUCGACUGCCAUUACCAUUUCCAACAACCACUUUGCCCACCACAAUGAGGUGAUGCUGUUGGGCCACAGUGAUUCUUAUGAAAGAGACAAGCAAAUGCAAGUGACAAUUGCCUAUAACCAUUUUGGAGAGGGUCUGAUCCAGAGGAUGCCAAGGUGCAGACAUGGAUAUUUCCAUGUGGUGAACAAUGACUACACUCACUGGGAAAUGUAUGCUAUUGGUGGAAGUGCAAGCCCCACCAUCAACAGCCAGGGCAACAGAUAUCUUGCACCAGUCAAUCCUUUUGCAAAAGAGGUGACAAAAAGGGUAGACACGCCUUCAGGCCAGUGGAAGGGUUGGAAUUGGAGGUCAGAAGGAGACCUGCUGUUGAAUGGAGCCUACUUCACCCCAUCUGGUGCCGGUGCCUCAGCCAGCUAUGCUAGAGCUUCAAGCUUGGGAGCCAAGUCCUCUUCCAUGGUUGGCUCCAUUACUUCCAAUGCUGGUGCUCUCUCCUGCCGCAGGGGUUCCCAGUGCUAGUAAAUCUCAGUUAAUUGAAUGGGGAAAAAGAUGCCUAGAAAAAAAAGAAGAAAGGGUCAUUUUUUUUCCCCUCUUAGAUAUCCAUUUUUACUACCAUAUAGCAUUAUCCAAUAUCCGUAUUCAGGCGAUUUGUUACUUUCCUAUCUAUCCUAUCAUCAUGAUUUGGGCAAGUGUACAUUUUUUACACAUGUCAUCAAAUUGCCAAACCCUGGUGUUCACUUAUUCCACUCGGUGUGUCUGUGAUUGCGCAACCUCCCCCUGCUUCAACCCAAGAAAACAGUGCCAUUGUCGGAGCAGGUGCGGUAGCGUUGUUCAUUUCUAUUUUCUCGUCUUUUGUGUCUUUCCUAGCUUCUUCCAAUCAAUCACCUCUCUUCACCAUCCACUCCCUCAUCAUCCAUUUCUCCCCCUUUGUCUCUGUUGCUACAUAUUGGCUUGCCUUUUGGGGUUUAUAGGAGCUAAAUGAUUUUGUGAUUCUUUUUCCUUUUCUUUUACUUUUUCCUUUCUCCUUUUUUUCCUAUUUACUUUUGUUAGGUCAUACAAGCAAUAGUGUAUGAAUGUCAAACUUGGUGUUAUGAAAAAACUUUGUUACAGAUGACGCAUAGCAGGAAGGUCCUAUAUUUACUUUCUUUUCCUUUUUCUUCUUUUGCUUUUUAUUUUUGUCAAUGGGAGCCAUCUUUUUCUUUCUUUUGGCGUGUAAUCUGGUCUUUCCACAUGGAUAUAUAUAUACGUAUACACCGCUAUUUGUGUUCUGCC